AUGAGCAACAGAGAGAAUGAAGUUUCCACGAAUCCGACCAGUAGAAAGAAAGAAGCAAGAAGAACUACGAGAAGAGAUGCCAACCAGUCUGCUGAGCAUGCUCUUAAUGCGCCAGCCACUCAGGCAGAUAUUGUUGGAGUAUGCCUAGUGGUGGCUCAGCUUAUACAGCAACAACAGCAGACACGAGCUGCUUCUCAACCUGUACCAUCUUUAGAGUUAUAUUAUGAGAGGUUUAGAAAGCUUAAUCCACCAUUAUUUGAGGGUGGACCAGAUCUUAUGGCUGCGAAAAUAUGGAUUCGAGAGAUGGAGAAGAUGUUUGAUGCCCUGCAGUACCCUGAGAACGUGAAGGUCAGAAUAGGACGCAUGGUACGAGAUUAUCCUAUUAAGAAAAAGGAUAGUUCAAAGACUUCCAAGUUAGUAGAUCAGAAACAACAAGAAAAUGCACGGGUGUUCGCUUUGACCCAACAAGAUGCCAGUGCAAGCAAUCAAAUAGUUGCAGAUAACAGCACGCAAACUACAAUGAAUGAUUUGGAAAAUAAUUUGCUUUUGUCGGAAGAGUACAAUAACCGACUAUGUGAACUCAUGCUUGAAGAAGAAAAUGACAAAUUAGAUAAAGUUGAAGGUAUGAAAGAUGAUGGCACUGCAAAUGAGAAUUCCAAUGAAACAGAGGAUAACGAGGGGUUUAGAAAUUUCAGAAAAGGAGAUGAAGAAAGGCAAAGAAUUCAAGCGGACUCAAGAACUGGAUGCCAAGCACUUAUUGCAAUAAAAAAGACAAAAGAUGGGAAGUGGGUGGCCUUGCAAGUGGUUGAAACUCAUAAUCACCCUUUAACAACUCCAAGCAAAACCCGUAAUCACCGAUCUCAUGGGCAUAUAUCUAAUGGUGAAGCAGAAAUGAUCAAGAAUAUGCAUUCAGUGGGAAUCAGGACAAAUCUUAUAAUGAGUGUAAUGGCCGUUGAGGUAGGGGGAUCUCAAAAUGUUAGCUUCAGAGAGAAAGAUAUAAGAAAUUUUUGCCAAAAGGAAUGGCAAAAAGGAGAUGCAGCAGCUAUGUUGGAAUAUUUAGAGAGACAACAAGUAGAUAAUCCAUCAUUUUUUUAUUCAAUUCAAGCUGAUUCUGAAGGUCAUAUGACAAAUUUUUUUUGGGCUGAUGCAAGGUCAAGAAUAGACUACCACUAUUUUGGAGAUGUUGUUUGUUUUGAUCCGACUUACCUAACUAAUAGAUAUGGCAUGCCAUUUGUCCCAAUCAUCGGCAUCGACCAUCAUUAUCAAACAAUCAUAUUUGGGGGUGCAUUGCUUUUCGAUGAAAGAGAAGAAUCAUUUGCUUGGGUGUUCUCUACAUGGAUGAAGGCUAUGGAAGGUAAGAGACCCAAAGUAAUUCUUACGGAUCAAGAAUCAGCAAUUGGUGGAGCAAUUUCACUUGUUUUACCAGAGAGUCGUCAUCGUUUUUGCAUAUGGCAUAUUAUGCGAAAUGGAUUGAAGAACAUCCCUCAUGUGUUUAAUAAAUACAAAGGUUUUGAGAAUGAUUUCACUGAUUGUUUGUAUGGUGGUGAAACUGUUGAGGAGUUUGAAGUUAAUUGGGGAAGCUUACUUGAUAAGUAUAACUGA